GGGGUGGGCGGCACGAUACGGCUCGGCUCGGCACGGCAGGGAGCGGGGUGAUGGAGCCGCGGGACCUCGCCGCUCGCGCCCUGGCACGCAGCGCCCGCUGAGCCCCGCCCGGCGCAGCGCCGCCGCUGCUCGCCUCCCCUCCCCCUCGGGAAAUGGCCACGGAGCCCCCGCGGCCGGCGCCACCCGCGGCCGGGCACCCCGAGGGCGGGUGCGGGCGCUGCGCGGGCGGCGGGCGCGGCGAGGCGGAGGAGGCCGCGGCCCAGCAGGCGGGAGGCGCCGCCCCGGGCCCCGCGGUGGCCGUGCUGCCGGCGGCGGCGGGGGGCCGGCGGCGGGGGCUGAACGGCUGCGUGCCGCUGUCGCACCAGGUGGCCGGGCACAUGUACGGCAAGGAUAAAGGCGGUAUACUGCAGCAUCCGGAUGGGACUGUCCUGAAGCAGCUGCAGCCCCCACCUCGAGGUCCCAGGGAGCAGGAGUUCUACAACAAGGUUUAUGACUCCGACUGUUGCGACAGCGUUCUUCUGGAGCUGCGAGAGUAUCUGCCAAAAUACUUCGGUGUCUGGUCACCACCUACUGCACCAAAUGAUAUGUAUCUGAAACUGGAAGACGUGACCCGUAAGUUUAAUAAGCCGUGCAUAAUGGAUGUAAAAAUAGGGCAGAAAAGUUAUGAUCCAUAUGCUUCAGCGGAGAAGAUCCAGCAGCAGGUCAGCAAGUACCCGCUGAUGGAAGAGAUUGGCUUCCUGGUACUCGGCAUGAGGGUUUACCAUGUCUCUACUGACAGCUAUGAGACACAAAACCAGCACUACGGGAGGAGCUUGACGAAGGAAACAGUGAAGGAUGGCAUCUCAAAGUUCUUCCACAAUGGGCACUGCUUGAGAAAAGAUGCGAUCGCUGCCAGCAUUCAGAAGAUUGAAAAGAUUUUGAAGUGGUUUGAGGGCCAGAAGCAGCUCAACUUUUAUGCAAGCUCGUUGCUGUUUGUUUACGAGGGCUCAAGUCAGACACCAACCGUGCGGCUGAGUGACGUCACCUUGGCGGAGAAGAGAGGAGUGCCCAAAGGACUGUUAUCAGGUGGAGACAUACUGGAGUAUAAUAAUAACAUUCAUGUCAUAAGUUCUACCGAGAAUGGAAAAAUUGAGGCCUCUGUCAGUAAAGGCUUGUCCAAAUUUUAUGCACUUCACAAAAAGGCAUACUCAAAGAGGCACCACAGUCAGCUCUCGCUAAAAGUUGAAAGCUUGGAGCAAGACAAUGUGUGGAAAAGCAGCACUUGCAUCGCACAGGAGCAUCUGAAUGGAAAUGUUAUACCGCAACUGGAAAAAGUUUUCUGUCACAUGCCAGCAGAGAUCAAGGAAAGCGCAAAUGUAGAAGUCCGAAUGAUAGAUUUUGCUCACGUGUUUCCCAGCAACACAAAGGAUGAGGGCUACGUUUAUGGUCUGAAAAAUUUAAUCACAGUACUUAAAAAUAUUUUGGAUAACUAGAUUCUUUGUUAUGGUUUUUACUGGGGGCCAACAAAAGAAGAGCAACAACAUGAAGAAUUUCUGCACUUGUAAUGCUGUAUAACUGGGUUUGUAUUGUUCUACUAUAUCUAAUUUGUCUUUGUACUUUUGGUAGAAGGGUUUAACUUUUUAUAAUCUCACUCAGGAAAAUAGGUGAUAGUGAACUGGGGAGUGUGAAAGGGUGAAGAUACUUGAGAUUAAGCAGGAUAGGUAAAUUAGCAGGGUGAAAUGUGUGUGGUUGGCUUAAAUCCAAGCCGUACCGUUGUACAAUAAGGAGGGGUUGUGUUAGUUCCCAUAAGGACUUGAGCUUAGGUAACGUUUGCCCACUUAGCCUUGAGACUGAGCCAUAUCUCCAUUAACAGGUCUUUAAAAAAUGGACUGAAAACUGUACAGUACAGGACUGGCAUCCUCAGUACUGCCCUCUUGUGUUUACUAUGUUGGAAUAACUGGAGUUAACCCUACUUGGUGAAAAAUCCCAUUUAGAUUCAGUUCUCUGACCCAGGAACCAGCGUAUCCAAAAGCGUUUCUGGGUGUAGCAGGGCGGUAGCGCUGUGCUUUUAGCACUGAUGUAGGCGCUUCCCCUCCUGCUGGCUGUUGGUAGCUGGUGGUCAUAGCUGACAAGCUGCAACGCUGUUUGUGUGAGGUGCUAAGGAAAUGCUGGACUAAACUGUGGUAACAGUCUUAAGCUGCACAACUGCUAGAGAAACUUUGUUUUGAGAAAGAGUGAAUUAAAAAAAAAAGAAAUGAAUGCAAGAUAUUUCAGGAGCUAACUUGGUUUAGGAGAGAAGGUCAAUCUGUUAAUGGAGUGUGUGAUGUUGCUCCUUUGUUCUGAUGGCCCUUUUCCAAAAGCAUUGCUUCUAGAAGCAAACUAACUGAACGGAGAUACAAAACGUUUUGGGAUAGCAUACAGAGAUGUCCUCAAGCUGUUUGCCACUUGUGUAUUUGCAAGAAGUGAUUCAGAUUUCCACUGCCGAGGAGCACCAGCUGGGAGCAACGCAGCGAGGGGCCGUGUGCUGCCAAGAGCCAGCGCAGCCCGGAGCGGCCCGACAGAACCUCAGCUAAAGCCAUCUUCAUUUAUUUAUUUAUUCAUUUUAUUUUUUUCCCUAAUUGGCGCGCAGACAAGUUGUAUGAUUUGAAAAUUGUCCCACUCCCUUUUUUUUUUCCCCCCACAGGAAAAAGUAAGAAUUUAGGUUUCAUGUGAAUGUUUGAGAUGGGGACGGUGAUGCUCUCUGUACUUUGCACGUGGCUGUCCUAAUGUGCAUAUACAGGCAGCUAUACCAAAGUGAUGAUGGAGAAUUCAUGCCAUAUAUAAAGAAAGAUUUUAAUGCUUUAAGCAAGCUCCACAAGUCAACGUUUUUAGAAUGGAUUUAGUCCUUGGAAACAUGCAGCUUUUAAAUGUGGACUCAGCGUGACAGUGUGGCCUUGCUGCUCUCUCUGAAUGAUGUUCUGCACUAUGCACUCAUCUGUGUACACAUUCUUACGAGUUCUCAGUUUGACAUCUGUUUUCUUUUUUUGAACAAAUGCUCUGCUUUAAAUAAAGUUGAAGCUAAAGCUCCUUUUUAGAUCCUGGGUUAAUUGGAAAGAAACAGGGUAUUGUGUAGAACUAACAUGAUUUGUAACAUUUUUUUAGAUGUUAAAGCUAAUAUUGGCCAAUACAUUGAAGAAUCAAAACAGCAAGGAGAUGGUUUUGAAGCAUGGGGGAGGAUGCUUGCAGGUGGAGCAGUGAGAUCAUGUUAAAGUUAUUCUGCAAAUUCUGGUGAUGGCAGAGGGGAAAAUAUUGGGAAGAUCGAGUGUUUCUUCCAGCUGGUAUUUCCACUGCACCGUGUUGUUAAUGUGUUCCCAACUCUCUGUGAACUAACUUAGCCAUAUUCUAGGAAGAGUUUGUGGUUUUGCUGGGUGUAAUGCUGGUUUUUGUGUUAUGGUUUAGAUGUUUUAUCCCAUGAAUAGACAACACUAGAAUAGUCAAGGCUGGUAGUGGCCAUGUAACUGUAGACUCACAAUGCUUUUAUAGAAAAUACAGGGGAAAACAUUUCUACUCCUGAUUUUUUUUCCACCGUAAUUCAUCUCUCCUGGAUUUUAAUCCAUUUUUGUGCCAGAGAAAUCGGACAUCUGCCUCAAAGGAGUCAGUUAUUGAAAGUGAUCUAUAUGCUCUCAGUGUAAGCGUGUUCUCCUGUCUCUGCAUUAAGAUAAAUGUCUUCAGUGUUUGAAUGCUCUUUAAGUAUUGAUUGUUGUGUUGACUAUGGCAGUGUUUGUAAUGCACCUGGAAUAUUGUUAAACUGUCAGAUUAUUUUGAAUAAAAAAAAGUAAAAUAAUUUUAUCAGUUUUUUUUAACCGGUAGUUAUUAUGGAUGUAUUUCUGUUAAUUUAAAAUGUAGCUUGAGAGAUAACAGUAUUUUUAAUUGGAAGUUGUGUAAAUAAAGCGUGCUGUAGAGGUGUUUUGGCAUAGUACCAAAUGUGAGUUUUAAGCCCACGGCAGCAUUCUAUUCACAUUGUUCUUGCACACUGUAGAUUUGGUGUUUGUCGUGUCUUGUACCUGGUCAGAUCAGUUUGUUUUCAGUUACAGUUGGAGCUGUAUUCACAGAAGUAAUAGGAGAAUGCAAACUUAGCACUAAACAUAUGCAUUGCCUCUGAGCUCUCUCCCUGCCAGUGACACCCCUGGUUUGUUGUCCACGCAACACGUACAGGACUGGCAGCAGAUCUGUGGUCAUGUCCACAGGCUCGUGGGUAUUUCUGUCCGACAAAACUGAAAGCAGGUUCCUUCCCUGGGCUGGUGUGGGAUUCGAGUGCUGCUGUCGCUGAUGAAACCUGUUUUCAUUUUAAGCAAUAAGAGAGAGAUUGAGUAGAAUCAAUUGUCAAAAGGGAAAAUUUGUGUUGUUGUUCACGUCUUCUCGAAGAAUAUACUUAUUCUGAAGACUUUCUACCUAGGUGAUAAUGAGAACUGUGUAUAGGCUUACCUAAGGAGAGUUUGAAUUGUAUACGUUUUUAUAAAAAAGCAUUUACAUAUAUGGUAUUUUUGGAUAUGGGUGGAAUUUGCUGCAUAAAUUACAUUGGAAAAUUAUUAUACCAUUAUGAAACAUUGAAAGUAUUUUAACCAAAUCAUUGUAAGAACAAAAAUGGAGACUUUACAUGUAUCUGUGGUUCACAUCAAACUUGUACCAUUUUCUAUUUUUCUGCUGUAACGCGUAGCCAGAAUGUUCUGUAACUCUACAGAUUUGUGGAGGAUUUUCCAAGUCUCAAUCAGUAGCUACUCCCUUUAGUUUGAUUAACAAAGUACAUGUGGUUUUGUUCUUAAAAGUAAUUUCAGUGUGUUAUUCCUCUGGGGCCCCGAGAGAAGCAUUCCUCACCUGCAGAGAGCUCCCACUGGGGUGAGUGUGGAUCAUGUGGGGCUGUGGGUGGGACUCACCACACGUAGCAGCGACAAAGGGAAGGCAUGGCCUGCACUGCCGUGUCACCAGUGGCGUUUACAGCUUGAACUUAGAAACCAUCGCCACUGCUUUUUCACUUCACAAAGUGAAGUAUUGUCAAGUGUUAGACAGUGGUAGGUUAGAGACUCAUACUUGCUGUUCCAAGUUCGGUUGUUCAUUCUCUCCCCUGUGUUUUUUCCAUUAAGCUUUCCUCUGGAGUGCCUUCUUCAGUCCUUGCCCUGGGACCACGGGUGACCUCCUGUAGCAUCUUUGUGGAGCGAUUUAAAACAAAGUGUUGAUUUCCUAAAAACAAAACUGCUCAUGCCCUGUAACUGCUCUUAAGGGGUGGGUAUUGAAAAACACCAUCAAAAUGCCUCAGAAAACACGGGAAAUGCAAUUUCCCUUUCCUACUUUUUAGCGUGAAAAAGUAGGAGUGGCAUUUUAGCACAGAACGUGCUUGGAUUGGAGAGUGGAUAGUAGGUUUUGUGAAAUUUGCUUGUGUGUGUUUUCCAGAGAAUAUUCUGGGGGCAAGGUGAGUGACAGCUGAACUGUGCAUGAGAUUUUCUUACUGCAAUCAAUGCUGAGGUUUGGUUUAAGGCAGCGCAGGGGGAGUGUGCUGCCUUUGGUGUGUUUGUGGCCAUCUGCAAGUGAAAGCUGCAGAGCAGGUUGCCCACAAAAGGACACAUGUAAUUAUUCCAGCAGUGUUUGAGAGGGCGAAAAUGAAAAAAGCGAAGGAGUUCAUGGUGGAAAAUAGUCUUCAGGAAACAUCUUUUCCUGUGGUCUUGUUUGCUGGAGAUGGGCCCCCAUGUAUUUGGAGUUUAAUUUCUGUGUUGUACAACAUUCAACAGAAAACAGUCACCAAGAACAAAGGUACUUUAAAAAAUAAAACCCCUUAAUUUGAAUUGUGUACAUUGGUUCAAAAAAAAUUUUUUUUUCUAAAUAAAAUAACUGAAAUGACUUAUGAACUGACUUCUAAACAUGUGUAUUGCACCUGACUAUGAUGAAACCAGAGUGCACAAAGGCACUUUAAUACUCUGGGAACUGUACUGGAAGAUAAACGAAAGCAUGUGAAAUUGCACCUGAUGCUGUGUCGUUAAUUGUUUUUAAAAUCUAAAGUUCUACAUUUAUUAUGCUUGAUGGAUGAAUGUAUCAAGUCUGGUCUCAGUUUCUUUAAUUCAAGAGUCUAAUGCCGUCACUCCGUCUCCUCUGAUUUUUGUGUUUGUCCAUAAUUUCAUUUGCUAUCUUUGCCAUUAUUGGACUGCAGGGGGUAUUGUUAAUAUUACAUGUCUUUAUUUUAUAGAACAUUGUACUAUGCUAUCUACCAACUUUUGUAAUUUAAUUAUAAUUGAUACUUAGGGUAAUUCUAAUAGCUGUAUAUUUGGCAAAAUAUUAAAAUUUUCUGCAAGUGA